AUGCCGACUCUGGCGCUGACCGAUUUCAAUAUUGUCGUCAGUGUCCUUGGUGGCUGGAUCUCUCUGUUUGGCCUAGUGUCAUAUCUUCUCAAGGAGAACUUUUACCUUUCCGAGGCUCUCAUCUCUCUGCUCGCCGGCGUGGCAUUCUCUCCCCAUGCCGCCAACUUGAUUCGGCCCAUCGAGUACGCUCAGGGUAUCGAGACCAACCUCAACUCCAUAACCUUGGCGUUCUCGCGCCUCGUGCUUGGCGUGCAACUUGUUCUCGCCGGUGUUCAGCUCCCGAGCCGCUACCUCCGGAAGGAAUGGAAGCCUCUCUCGCUCCUAGUCGGCCCAGUCAUGACAAUCAUGUGGCUGCUUACCAGUCUCCUCGUCUGGGCGCUAGUGCCUAACCUUCCCUUUCUGCAUGCUCUCGCCAUUGGUGCUUGUGUGACGCCGACCGACCCGGUCCUGUCCAACGUCAUCGUCAAAGGCCGCUUUGCCGAUCACAACGUCCCAAAAGAGCUGCAGAAGAUCAUCAUUGCCGAGUCGGGUGCCAAUGACGGCCUCGGCUACCCGUUUCUCUUUUUCGCGCUGUACCUGAUCAAGUACACGGGCGACGGCGGCGUCAGCGCGGCCGGUGGCGCGGCCACCGCCAUGGGCCUGUGGUUUGGCGAGACGUGGGGAUAUACCAUCAUUCUCUCGGUUGUGUACGGUGCUGUUGUGGGGUGGGUGGCCAAGGAUCUCCUCCACUAUGCAGAGACACACAAGUGGGUGGAUCGCGAGAGCUUUCUCGUCUUUGCCAUCUCGCUGGCAUUGUUCAUCACGGGCACGUGUGGCAUGAUCGGGAGCGACGAUGUCCUGGCUUGUUUCAUCGCUGGAAACGCCUUCACCUGGGAUGACUGGUUCCGCCUUGAGACGCUUGAUGAGUUGCCACGUUCUAGCUCCCUUCAACCGACCAUCGACAUGCUCCUCAACGUGUCCAUCUUCAUGUGGUACGGGGCAGUGUGCCCAUGGGAAAAGUUCAUGACCAAUGACGUGGUCCCGCUCUACCGCCUCGUCGCCCUUGGCAUCCUCAUCCUGCUGCUCCGUCGCCCGCCCGUCAUCCUCGGGGCUCACAGGUGGAUCCCGCAGACCGAAGACUUGCGCCAGGCCAUCUUCAUGGGGUUCUUUGGCCCUGUGGGUGUCUCUGGUGUCUUCUACCUCUACAUCACGCUCGAGUUUAUCGAGAGCCUGGGCCAUGAUGGUAGCCCGCGUGAGGACGUGGCGCAUCUCGGGGAGGCGACCACGGUCAUUGUCUGGUUCGUUGCCGUGUGUAGUGUGGUCGUCCAUGGUCUCAGUGUACCGCUGGGCAAGCUGGGCUUCUGGUUUCCCCGCACCCUCUCCCGCACCCUGACCCUCGACAACGACCAGGACUCGCGCUUCAGGAUUCGCGAGCGUGUGAGCAACGCCUUCCCUGUCCUGUCGGCCAGCCGUUCGCGGUCCAGAAACGCAAGUCCCCGCCACUCGGUUCCCAACGUCAACCUACCCGUCCACCGCAUUGGCGGUUCGGUGAUUCGCGCUGUUGGUGCUGGAGCUGAGACCCAGGGCGGCAGCGAGCCCCGGCGUCCGGAAACACCUCCGCUUCCGAGCCGCACGAUCAGGUUCCCGGACGAGCAUGUCGACUAG